GCUGGCCGUGGUUCGAUGAAAAAUUCCUUUUUUUAGUCAAAUAUCGCUUUAAUUGGAUGUAUCCUGUUUCUUAGUUGGCAGAUAAAACCGGCAUGCUUAUCAUAAGCAGGCUGUGAAUGGCUUUUCUGUAUUACCGGGAUUUUCUUUUACUGUUCGGUCGCUGAAUGCAGAGAAUUAUUAUAUUUUCGUGAUACACCGAGAUGAAACCCAAAAGAAAUUCCGCCAACAUUUAUGAUCGAAACAAUUUUUGCUUUUGGACACAAACGAGCAACGCAGUCUGUUGCAUUCGAUUGCUCAUUCCGUGUCAGAAGAGCAAUGAUGAUGAUUGGUCUUGCACCAAUUGGAUCAAUAGAAAUAGACAAAUGGGAAUGCAAGUACGUCGGUAUCUGCCACUAUCGAAGAGCUGGUGCGUGCCAACCCCUUUGUGGCCGUACUAGAGCUGCAUGUUGUAGAGAUAUUUUCAACCUUUUUGGGGACGUUUGUUGUUGGUUCACGGCUCUCGUUGGGGGUCGAUCCGAUCGCCAUUCGCCGUGAGAUGGUAGUUUUAAUGCGUUAACAAGCGAAAGAGGAGCCGAGAUGAUGUAAGUGAGAGAGUCCGGCCAGCCCCACUAUUGGCCAACAUCGUGCGCUUGUAUGACGUUGCGUGCGCGGUUCCACGGUUCGCGGCAAUCUGUGCGGCUGUAGUGUUAGUGAUCGAAUAAGCAAGUGAAAUUUCCUUUGAAGCGAAAGCCUGUGCAUGCUGAUUGUGAUCCAUCAUAAGUGAUCAAGUUGUUUGGUCGUUACCCAUCGAUCGUUAUACGCAAUCGGAAUUUAAGGGCAACGAAACGCGAAAAUGUGUGAGUGAGCAGUGGGUUUCGAAGGGUUGAAUGUGAGUGUUCCGUUUUGCAAGAUCACUCCCGUUUUCUAAUUGUGAUAACCGUAAUCAUCGUAAUAAUGAACGUGCGUCACAUGCAGCCACAACCGACGAAACAUGGUCAAGAUAGAGUGUGGUUGCGUGUUUGUAUGCUCGUCUCUAUGCCCAGCGACACUGCCCGCUGAUUAGCGGAUCGAAAGUCACGUCGUAAAGGCACCACGGCACAGCGCACGGUCCGGCCAAGAGCCACGGCCAGUGGUACGUGGGGUGAGAGUCGCGAUGUUGUGCGUGUGCUAACGACAUUUACUACGAUGCUCGCACUCACACAUAUGAACUCGCAGAAAAAAAAUGUAUUAUAGAAGGCCAAGCAUCAUCGAACAGCUGAACGGGAAUCCCCGCUGCUCGACUGCAAACCGAUCCUUCAAGAGAAGCGAUUAGCGAUGGAAUAGUGAGCAGAGACGAUGUGAAAAGUGAAAUAGAGCAAUGCAGUAGUGGUAGCAGAGAAGCUGCUUGCAGCAGUGAUUGAAAUAGCAUUGUGAUUUAUCAAACAGUUUAUUUAGAAUCGCCUAACGGUCAACAUUAUUAGGCUCCCUAAAGAGGGAGUUUUCGAUCGAUCCAUUGGUGUUACACUAGUGCUGCGAGCUCGACGUCGCGUAGUGAAAAGUGGAAAUAUAGAAUAGUGAGCAAUAGAUCAGUUCGAUGAAGGAAGUGCAUCGUAGUGCACUGAGCGUAAUUUGUGAUUUCGGUUCCAAGCAUAAGCAGUGUCGUGCGUGAUCCUAAGUAGUCGCACAAGCCGGGGUGAUAUGGUUUGGGCUUAGGGAAGUUAAAAAACAAAGCUAAACCGCGAGGCUCUUGGUGUUGUAUUUACGCGCGCGCGCACGUGUGUGUGUGUGUGUGUGUGUAGGUGUGUCUGGUGCAUGCGUACCGAUGUUGUAGUCAUUAAAAAUAUUGCCGCCUUUUGGGUACGGUAUCGCAGAUACCCUUCCGCGCUUUCUCCACACAAAGCAAGCCAAAAGAGCAAUAGAAGAGCAAAUCGGUGCAAACCGUAGUGUAUGCUGCUCAAGAGUGGUGUGACCCAAGAGUUUUCCAGUCUGUGGUGUCUGUGGUGCAUGUGUACGCACGCCAAGCAUAGGGUUUUGAGGUGAAUCGCAAAGCUGCUUGCGCCCUACUAGUGUAGUCCGUGCGUUUUGGCUUGAGAGAAGCUGAAAACAGAAUUCAUCAGCAGAGCACCAUUCUACCGAGGCAGCAACAGCAAUAUGAUCAGCAUCAUUCGCGUCAGCAUCAUCGAUGCCGGCGAACAAGGACCUGCUAAACAAGGCAGAGCUUAGAGUGUGUGGGCCGGAGCAACUCCGAGCAAUGAGAAGCAGUAACAGCAACAGCAGCAACAACAACAGCAAAAGCAAUCCUUACGCGCCAACCGGAAGCGGAACAGGAGCACCGCCGGCAGCAUUAUUAUUUUCUUCGUCCUCCUACUCCACCGCACCGUCAUUGACAUCAUCCUCAUCUAGCGGACGACACUCUUAUUCGUUGCAUACAACGGCACUGCCCGCGCCCGCGUCGUCGUUUGGGACGACCGGCGGAGUCGGCGAGUUGGACAUGAAAAAAUCGCAAAAACCAAGGCACGAUGAGCAUGAUAGGAUGGAGCGUCGCGAACGGGAUAAACAGGCCCGUGCUCAGCUGCAGGCUGAACGGGAACCGGAACCUACUGGCCCAUUAUUUACAGCACCGUUCAAAUUGCCAAGUACAUCGGACACGGAUAUGCACAUCGCCCAGCGGCUUGGCAAUUAUGAGGCGGUCAAGAAGUGCUUUAUGGAGGCGUCGACGUCGUAUCAUGUGAUCGGUAUCGCGACCAGUCCGGCCCCGACAACGCCUCGGGCCGGCAGCAGCGGCAACAGUGGCGUUCUGUCGAAUUCAUCGUCGUCCACCGGCAGUCACCAUCGGUCGCUUCCACCAAAAACCAAUAGCAAUAGUAAUACCAUUAGCAAUAGUAACGUCAACUUCGUCAAGCCAGCCGACAAUCGCCCCCUCUAUAAUGGUGGUCGAAUGUCCUCUUCUUCUUCGGCGGCGCCAACAGCCGGCGGAUCGACGGGUCGUACUGGAGCCCCAAACCAUUAUUCGUCCUCAUCGUCGUUGUCAUCAUCGGGUACGGUAGUCGGUGGUUCCUUCAACAAGCAUGAGAUGCAUGGAGUUCCGUCGAAGGGACCGUCAUCUACGUCAAUACCAACAGCGCUGAUGAAUGGCCGUUCAUCAUCAUCUGGUUCUAUGAUGGGACCCGGUGUUAGUAGUGGAACUGGAAGUGGUCUUAGUGGAGGGAUCCCCGGACUUUCCUCUACCGCUGGUGGUGAUAAGUUACCCUCGCAAUUGCCCAAUGGACGACUGCCCCAGGUUGCAAACGCAAAAGUGCCUAGAGUACAGGGCAACAAUGUGGACAAAAUCCUGAACGAGAUGAAGUCCAGCCUGAUGACGCCACUGACGGAGAUCGGUGCCACGCCGCGUAAGGAGCUGGAAUCUAAGUUUAGCUUCAGUAACCCGAACCCGAAGUCUUUCGUGUAUGCUAUGACACCACUACUAGCACCCAUGACACCCCUGUCAGCCGGUGGUGGUAGUAACGGUAUCGGCAGUGGAAACGGAUCCGGUAGUACUUCAAGACCAAUCGGUUCCUUAGCGCUUUCUAGUAUGGAAAUGCAUCCUCCCCUUGUGUCUGGCAUUGAGGAUGACAAUCAGAACGGAUCAGAGCGCAACUCUAGUGAAUCCUCUUCAAAUGAGAGUGUAGAUGAAUCGUCUAGCGAAGACUCAAACGUGGGUAAUAAGCUAGCAUCGAAUGGUGGUGGUGCUGCUACUACCCUUGGAGAUGGUAAUUUAACCAGUGCCAGUGGUGGUGGCAAUGGAGGAAGUGCCGGCGCUGCUGGAUGUGUAAACGGCGGUCAAGUCGGGGAUGGUGGAACCCUGGGUAGCCCGAUCAGGCGUAAGGAUUGGUCGCUCCUUAACUUUAUGCAACCCACCAUCCAACAAGUGCCAAGCGAAAGUACCCAUCACCACCAUACUCAUCAUCAUGAAGAGAAUUCGGUAUCGUCGCCAAUUCGAACGCUGAAGAUGGGCAGUGGUGAUACUUUGGGAGUAGCACUGUCUCCUCCUUCCCUAGUAGGAAACGUUGCACCCAUCAAAAAUGAACCGCUUGCCCCGCUAGACGAUGACCAUCUGUCGACUGCUAGCAGCAACAGUGAACCUCCUGUUAGUGCGAUUGCUAGCGGGCCAGGAGCAACUGCGUCGUCCUCUUCCUAUGUUAAACAGGAACCGUAUCCUAGCGAAAACAGUGCCUCAUCGCCUCCGGCUUCGAUGGGUGUAGGGGUUAAGAGUGAGCGGAAGGACGAUGCUCUCGAUCGGUUAUCAUUAUCGAGUCCGAUUAAGAGUCCCGUCGAACAUCAUCAUGGUGGCUACAACAAUCAUCAACAACAGCAGCAGCAACAUCUUUUCGGCAGUGAAAAUCUCGAGCCGGACGUGGAUGUGAUAAGUGCCCUACAGGAAGCCAAAGAGUUUAGCCUCAUCAAGCCGAUAUCGAGUAUGUCCGGUAGUGACUCCGACGAUGCGCUCGAUGCGCCGUCCUCGGCAUGCGGCGCGGACGUGGAUCAAUCAUCGGCAACACACACUCGACUGUUACCAGCCGCCCAGCAGCAUGAUGCAGUCGGUAGUAACGGCGUAGAAACAAGUGCUGCGGCAGCAAAAAAGAAAAAGCGAAAGCGAAAGCUUGCUGGAGCAAAUGAUCGAGAACAGCGCGAUGCAUCGACGAGCAGUAGCGAGGAUGAACGAUACAACGCUAUCUCACAUCGAAGCCGCUCACAAUCGUUCGAGAAGGAUAAAUCUUUGCUGAAAGGGCGAGGUCGGCAACGGAAUGCAAGCAAUACUCAUGGUGGGGGUACGACAACGAGUGCGGCUUCCAGCGCCAGGUACUCCGAUGCGGACUCUGUGGCCAGUGGUAGUGGCCGGCGAUCGAGCAAAACACCUUCACACGGAUCAACUCCCACGAAAAAGUUAGGCCUGGGUGUAUUGAGUGCCAGCGCGGCAUACGUGGAUCCUGGAAGCAUUAUGAGUCCACCACUCAGCAUACCUUCAGUAGAUGGCAUUCCGCCCACAGCGAAAACCUCUACCUCCCGUAAGUCACGUACACUGAUCUCACGAACUAGUACCUCGUCGUCGGAGGAAGCUUCUUCUGGUGGAUCGUCUGGAUCUUCGGUGGAAUCAGACUUUGGUCACGAGAGUCCGUCAGAGCAGAUCGAAGCAGAACCUCCCGUGAUACCAGCAGUGGUAGUGUGCAAAGCGAAAAAGGUGAAAUCGAAGAAAAAAUAUGAUAAGGAUGCUAGCGUCAUGUCAUCGGCUGCUGUCGUUCUAUCCGCGAAAACCUCUUCCGUUGAGCAGUUGACGAAGAACGGAUCAACGGAAGGAGGAAGAAGUAGUCGUGGUAGCAGCACCAAUCGUAACCUAUAUCAUCUUUCUUCAGACAGCAAUGACGAUCGACCGUCAUUGCUCUCUUCACCCGUUCCUACCAAUGGUGGCCGUUCAGAAGUCGCUGGAGAUAGUUCGAUGAUAGCUGGAAAACUGUCGAAGAAAGUGCGCAAACGAUCGACUGCAUCGGUGGCUUCGGUAGACGAUGACGACAAUACUCGCAACCGGCAACAAACAAGCUGUGUUGCCGAUGACGAUGACGAUGAUGAUGAUCGAUCCGAUAGUAACAGUGAAAGUGAUAGCGAUGCACCCGCCAAAAAGGAGAAGAAGCAGAGUAAAAACAAAAAAGCGGCUGUGUUUGCCCGGGUAUUCAACAAUAAUGCCUCGGCAUCUAGUGGUGGCAAAGGUAAAGGUGGCAAAGGUAAAGGCGGUAAAGGUAAAGGGCAGGUUUACAUCGAUCACGUAGACGAUCUGCAUGUUCCUGCGAAGAAUCCGGCUCAAUUGGCACCAGCAAAUGCCAGCAAUAUGUCUCGUCAAUCUCCGAUCACUAGCCAUGUGGAUCAAAAGAGGAGUUUGUCCACGCAGCAUACUCUAAGCGUGCCUUCAUCUUCGACUGCAGGCCUUUCCGCUUGCUCUCCACGUGCCGAAGGUGCUCGACCAAGUAGCAGAGGAGGAGGAGGUUUAACGCCAGGGCAGAGAGCAGAGCCUAACCGAACGUCGCCGUUGUCAUUGUUCUCCCCUAUAAAAGGUGCCUUACAAAACAUCACGCUUAUGUGUCGAAUCGAUUUGAGUCGCCUUCUAAAAAUACCACCAACGCCGUCGUAUCCGGGAUCCGGCAGCACCAGAUCGCUAUCGGGUAAGGCAAAUGAAAGCUACAGCGCUCAACGAAGUGCCUCCGCUCGACAAAAGAGCAAAAGCCCAUACGAUCAACAACAAGGGAAGCGAAGGAGAAAUUCAGUUGGUCAGCAACAACAGCCGCCGCAACCGCCGCCGCCGCAGCAACAGCAACAGCAACAACAAAAACAUCACCACCAGCAACAACAACACCAAUACCAUCAGCAAGGGCAGGAUCAUGAUCGAAACGGUAACGGUUCAGUACACAGUUCCUCAUCUACUCCGAAGAGGCUCGAAGAUCGGUCAGAAUCCAUUUACGAUCGCAACCGUAUUACAUUAGACGGUGAAUCGGUUGUUGAAAAUGGAACCACUAUAGUGGCCGGUCCUUUGAGACAUCGCAGUAACUCCAUCAACAGUGAUUAUAGUGGGGCUGCACAGAAAGCUCGGGAGUAUCACCGUGGGAGCGAUGCUGGUGCUUUUGGGAGCAAUUCAACAUCAUCUUCUCCUUUGAUACAUCAUGCCAAUCACCGACAUUCAGGUGCCACUAUGAUUGGAGGCUAUCAGCCGCAUCACAGUCUUGCCGGGGAUCCGAAAGGAUCAGCAAUAAGAACAGGAAAAUCUCCGGUUCUUCCAGGGUACGACGAGAAACUAGCAAAGACGGAAAAACUCAGCUAUAGUGGGUUGAAAGACGAUAAGCACUCACUUAUAUACGCUGGCAGUAAAUACUCUAGUUCAGGCUAUGGUCUGAUCAAACAGGAAGGAGGACAAUCGAUCAAGCAAGAAUUCGCAGGCAAUAAUGAGUUUACAACCGACAGCACACUGCUUGGCGAGGGUAAAUUGGGUUCAGCGACGGGUGCUAAAAUGGGUGGAACCCUUACAACGAAUGGUACCGCUGAAGGCGCAGCAGCCAGUGGGCGAAUGAGAAAACGAUCCGUGAGUUCGAGCAGCAACUCUAACAAUACGUACAAAGAAAAACGUCGGAAAAAGGAUAAAGCAAACACUUCACAGACUGAUCAACUUGAACAACUUCCACCCACCAAUCAUGACCGAUUAGUGGUCGACGACUGUCAAACAACAGUCGGUGUCGCUAGCGGGACAUUGGAGCGAGCCCAUGGUGCUGGAACUGGAGCGCUGCAUCACACCAAUCAUCAUCAUUCUCAACAGGUGCCUGCUGGCGAUCCCUUUGUCUCGGCAGGUACCGGUUCACCGGAAGCUCCAGUGCAUAUCAAGAAGGUGUACGUUUCCUACUUCGAACGGAACGAUGAAGAGUUAUCCGAGGUGCGUGACCAAAACAGAUAUCUGUCGGAGGCAAAACGGCUCAAACAUGCGGCCGAUCGCGAAGGAGAUCAUUUGGCGCAAGCGAUGCUCUAUUUGGAAGCCGUGCUGUUCUUUCUGCUCACUGGUGACACAAUGGAACGAGAUCCUAUUACCGAAAAAGCGGCCUUUACGAUGUAUAAAGAUACGCUUUGUUUGAUUAAAUUCAUUUCGUCGAAAUUCCGUAGCCAACUGCAACAUCCGACAGUGCAGGGUAACAUUCACACGAAGGUGGCCAUUCUAAGUUUACGAUGUCAAUCGUUGAUUUAUCUGAAAUUGUACAAAAUGCGGCGACUAGAGAUGAAGGAAACGGGUAAAACAAUCGGAGAGUUUAACCAUAAAACCAGCACUGUGCCGGCAGAACUAGCGAAUGGAAACACACCAUCACCUCUUUCUCCGACAUCAGUUGGAUCGCAGAGCUCUGGGUACAGUUCGGGGCAGAAUAAUCAGGUCGGAUCAAUCCCACCGAUUAAUUCAUCACCAGCUCAAUGCAUCCUUAUGCCCAUCAAUGUACAUACCGCAUACCAAAAACAAACGACACUCUUUACGAACCUUUCCACCUGUUUUGAUCUUUGGGAACAAGCGGAUAGUUUGGUAAUACGAGGGAACCAUAACGAAUUUUUCAUCGACCUGGACCACGAGAAUGGACCGAUGACUCUGCACAGUUCACUGUACAAUGUCGUUAAGUAUGUGCAAGCUGGUAUUCAGAAAUUGCGGCGUAUGUAACAUUGGGCCCUACUGGUGGAACCGAUGCAGAAACAGUUAGCCUUCUUCUAGUAUCCACUUUGUGACAAUAAGCAGAAGCAAUGCGGAGCAAUCGAAUUGUCGGAUGGAUGUGCAUAUAUUCCGUCGCAGUGAUUCGAAAAUGCAAUAAAAAAGUCAUGGACCAUUUUGGACAUCGAUGUAUUCGCAUCGUGAAAUCAAUCAAUCUACCAAGUGAACGCAUGGGAACACAACGGGAAGAAUGGAGUCAAACCCGUAUAUCGUGACCAACCAACUGUUAUCAUGAAAUUGAUAUAUCAUAAUGCACUACAGUGAUACACCACCAAACGUGAACUACAAGAUAUUAGGCUGACGUAACAUAAAGCCUAAACCAACUACCAAAGGUGUAUUGGGAAAGCUGUUCGAUGUGGUUUUUGCUAAGCUCAAAAGUUAAAUGCAAUAGUUUCAGUAACUUAUACUUGUUUGCAAAGAACCAACGACAAUACUUUUUUUGGAUAUUACCUACGCUCGGCGUGGUUUAAGACUUCCCUGUUGUUGCAAAUUCAUUUCUUCUUUAAUGGAUCAGAGACUGCUUGCAUGGUUUAUGUAUUUUUUUAAUACAGAAGUACAGUUUCAUUGUGAUCUGCUCAAGCUAUUGUGCUUUAAUCCACGUAGAAGUGCUUUGAAACGUUCACUAAUUAAUCGGUGCAAUGUUUGUUGGUUCCUAGUAGAGUGGGCGGUGCACUUUGCAUUUCUGGCUCAACGAAUGCAUAAAACGACGAGCCCACCGUUGCCCUAGAAGAAACAAUUUCUUCCCUAAUCCGUUAGCCAAUGAUUUGUGUUAGAAAGAAACACAUGUUUAGCGUGCAUCCAAGGUGUAAAGACUAGAUAAGAGUGAAUCGCUAGCAAUGAGCGUGUUUUUUUACAAAUGAAUCUACGAAUGGCUCAUUGCCAAUUCUUUUUCCAACGGAAUGAAAGUGACAGCUGGAAGAUAGUGUGCUAAGCGAAGUGGAAGGCUUUUUAUACAUUGUUAAUAGAUAUUUCUUAUUUAAGUUACAUUGCUUAUAUUGCUCAUCACUACUAGGAAUUAUGCAAACGGAAAAUGGAAAACCCUAAGACUUAACUAGAACGAAAAAUCGCAAGAAUGCACAAGAAAUCAAAUUGGCCGUGCAUACCAAUAAUUCGGUAUUCAAGAGAAUUUGAAAAGUCAGUAGGAUUGGAAAACAUAACAUAUAACAUACGCCACAACGUAAAACAUUAGUUUAAUUUAAUGAGAUAAUAUUGAGAUAAUCUUUUAAGUAUGGCCACCCCAGCAGCAACGGCGAAGGUAGUGGUAAUGGUGACAGCAAAUCAGGCAUCGAUGGUUCACAUCAAAGAUUAAAUAGUUGAAUUUUAGUCAAAUGAGGAUAGACAAGAUACAAGAGAGACAAGUGAAAUAGCUGUUUGAUUCGCGCAUCUUAACAAGCAAGAGAGCAUGCAAUUAAGGAGUGCUGUUAAUAGAUAUUUUUGCUUUUUUUAUUAUGCUUCAUGGAGCUUUAAUAUUAUCACAUCCAACUAAGAAUGUGUUGAGCGAGCGAGUUUCAUCUCCCAAGUACUGACGAUUUGUAAUACGUUACUCCAAUCAUCUUAUUAGAUUAGCCAGCGCCUGUUGAUUCAGAUUAUACGGUUUCAUUAUUCUCCUCCUCCUCCUUGUUUACUAUUUCUAUACCAUCCGAUUGGUGAUGAUUUCCUUUCCUUUUUUUUGGUGUCUUAUACAACCGGGUGAUUCCUGGUAAACUCAUGCAGAUAGGGAUUCUAUACUCAGCAGCGAUAGAGCAUGAAUUUCCGUGCCGUUUGUCUCAUAGUUCCACAUCAAGCCAUGAAAUUCGAUACGUAAACAUAUUAAGGCUAUGAAUCAAAUGACGUCGACUCGUAAUAUAAGAAAUUCUACCUUAAUUGAAAGAACGAUGAAACUAUUGGUUCAAUAAGUAGGGCCGUUUCUGCGCGUUUGUGUUUUUUUAUUGUUUUUUUAUUCCUGUAAUGUUUUCCUUGUGCAGACAUGUCAUUAGGUGGAUUACGAAGUUACAUUUUUGGGAAUCAUCUUUCUUUGGCUUCCAAUGUGUUGUUUUCGAUUGUACCUUAUUGAGUUAAUCUUUGCCUGUCGAUCCCGAUUAUAACUAUCACAUUUAGUGAUCUUAAAACACACAACGAUUAAUUUUCAACGAUAAUGGGGUAAUUUAUCAAACCCUACCCGAAACAUAUGGGUACGAACCAAAGGUUUCAUAUGGUUCUGCUUACAAUUAUCCGCUUAUUCGCGUUUCAAUAUGGUUCUGCUUACAAUUCCGCUCAGAAAUUGUCAAACUGGUUUGAUCGAAAGAAUAUAGGAUUGGUUUGACUCGUAGGUUUGACGCAAAGCAAAUGUUUUUUUUUCAUUGAUGAGCAAACCUAGAAUGGAUUUUCGUUUUGUCAUGGUUAGGUCUCUGGCCCUUUACUUCUGUGCAACAAUGAUAUAAACCAUGCUUUAAUAGAAAGUUAAUCGAUUGGGAAUGGAAUGGUGGUUCAAAUGAACAUUUCUGUCUAUUAGUGUUUAGAAUGGAAAACAUAGGGAAGUAACAUCGACAAAAGCAAGUGGAAUCUAAUUCAAUCACAUAAUCGGAAUAUUGUUCAUAGAACGAAGAGGGGUUUGAAUGCCAACAUCUCAUGCGAUGCAAACAAGGAAAACCAAAACGGAAUAUUCAUUCACAAAGUGCAACUCCAAAAGUAAACACAACACAUGUUGAUAGUGUAAGUGUGAUGACCGCAACUAAAGGAGAACAGUAAAUCCAACAUAAUACAAUUGGUAAACCAGCACUGUACUGAGAAAACACUACGCAAAAUGUAAGGCUACAGCAAGGAUCAGCUAACCCUUCGAGUGCAAGAGAAUAGCAAUGAUAUUUUUUUUAAAUAAAAAAGACGUGCAGUUCUUUUCCUAAUAAGGAUGGCAGGGAAUUGGAUGGUAUAUUAAAGACAACCAACAUACCCUAACAAUAGUUGCAACAAGAAGCCAAGCCUACGCCAGAAAUGAAACAAAUUAAAAUUUAAAACAACAUAUAGCGUUUUAAGAGUAGUAAAACAACAAGUUAUUUAACAAUGAAAAAUCGGUUCGAUAUGAUUACCGAAGAGGAUCAAAACUAAAAAAAAAUUAACUCAACAAUGAAGCACUGGAACUAAUGAAACUUAAGAUAAAUGGUAUUGGAGAGAUAUUAGGAAACAAUCAUGCGAGCAUAUAAUAGAUGUAUUGUAUGUAAGGCAAGGCAACACAUAAACCCGAAGUGACAAAACCCACAAUUAGAUGUAGAAUCAAAAGAAAAAAUGAAAAUGGAGCAGAAAUUACCAAAAACUGAUACAGCAUAGAACUGAGGACUGAACGAUAAACGAUGUUACAGAACGGUAGGCAUCGGCACCACAGCAUUUCAACACAGUUGCUCUACUUAAACAAUGUGAAAGGAGAAUUAAUUGUAAAACUGCAUACUGAAAGCGAGCGAAACAAUAGUAGAAAACGGGCAGAUUAAUACAGACAAUUUAAAUCCUAAGCAAAAUAAGACAUGUACCAUUAGAGGGAGGGCAGACGAAUGUGAAACUAUAACAACAAAUGCAUUACUAUUAGUUCGAAACAAGAACAUCAGCAAAUAACAGCAACUAUACGCGAGACAAGACAGUUUAUUUAUGGUGAAGGUGUUUGAUAAUGAAUCAGCAUUAGGGAAAUGACAAUGUGUUUGUGAAAAAUUAUGGUGGGGCGCGUUGCUCUACGCGAUGCUAGAUGCCGACUGUGCUCCGGAUACAAAGAAAGCAAACAAAAGUAAAACAUGAAAAAGAAUGAAUGUAAAUAAAUGCUAUAUAUGUAUAUAUAUAUAUAUAUAUAUACAUGCAUAUAUAUAUAUAUACAAUAUUAAUAUAUACCAUUAAUACUGCUAUGAUUAUUAAAAAAAAACAAUGAUUAUUAUUAUAAAAACAAAAACGGAAGUUAUGUAGAAAUUUUAGAAUAAAAAUCCGAGAAAAUCAUGAUUUCCAGGGUAAUGCUGUGUCCCUUUCAGAAGGGCAAUGAAAACAUAUUGUAAUAUCGUUUUAUUUUUACACUUUCGAAACAUUUAUUCUUCAUUGAGAACGAUGGAUUAAACCGUUUUUCACAAUCAGCCAGUAAAAUAUCCGUCAGGAGGUGUUAGUUUUUCGUUGCAACCAGAACUCUUAGUGGCAGGUGUCUUGUCGUCGUAACUUUGAAAAAGGAAGAAUAAUUUUUAACAACAUAUCGCAGAAAUGAACAAACAUUUUGUGAUGCAAUUGCUAACUUUUUUUUAUUUAUCGCUCGGCGAUUGAAAUUAUCAUUCAAUCGUUAGCUGAUUCUUUCAUUUACACACCGGAGUUCUGACGAAUCCAGUCACGAACGGAGGCCACACGAGCGUAGACACCUGGAUAGCCAGUCUUGGCACAACCGUAUCCCCACGAGACAACACCAACUAGCGGUUGGAGAAGAGCGGUCCCCCCCUUUUUAAAUCCAGCGCACCACCACCACACCAAAGUAUGCAAAUGACAUCGCGCACGCUUUACAGGAGACGAUGGAAACGUACAACAUCAUAAGCCCGCUCUGCUUACCGCUCGAUCAGUGCGCACCAUACGCGGUAAAUUUGGAUCCACCAGCAAUCGUAAGUGAUCGUCACAAGCGUCAAUCGCUCUCCCUUGGUUGUGAUCGAGCUGCUGGCGAGCAUUUGCUGGCGAUGAUGGAACCGCCACAAUUGUGCGAUCCACGAUACUGAAGCGAUACCUGAUACGGAGUCUCGGAAAUGUCGAUCGCGAAUCCGCCGACGAUGCGGUUUCCGCCCGCCACAAACCGAGAUCCCUGGGGCAGUCGGGGCAGUGGUCGCACGAUGCGAUUCCAUGGAUCCACUCGAGCUGGAGCUGUGCGUGACUCAACGCACACCAGAGCAG